AUGGCCUCAGACACCCAGUUCACCCUCGCGCCCGGAACGACGCUUCCCCGGAUCUGGAACGGACUCUGGCAGUUGUCGAGCAAUGCGUGGGGCAGCGCACCUGCCCCGCGGGUUCGUGAUGCCAUGGGCGUCCACGCAAGCAAGGGCUUCUUUGCCUUUGCCGACCAUUACGGACCGGCGGAGGAUCUGUUUGGACGCUUCGUGGACAGCCUGCCGGAGAACAGCACCCCACGACCGUUCGGCGCCACGAAGUGGUCCGUCUUCCGUCCGACUGAGGCCGCCGCCGGCCGAUUUCAGGUCACGGCCGAUCGAGUCGCGGCCGUGGUGGGCGAGCGCUGCACGCGGAUGCGCACCGAUCCUAUCGAUCUUCUCCAGUUCUUCUGGCAGGACUACCAAGACCGAAGCUACCUCGCCGCCUUCCAGCAUCUUCUCGCGCUCCGCGCCGCGGGCAGGAUCCGACACCUGGGGCUGUGUAACUUCGACACCGCGCACACGGAGGAGAUAUGCGUCACGUUCGCCGGCGCGGACCCCUGCAUCGUCUCGAACCAGGUCGCGUUUUCGAUCAUCGACGUCCGCCCGCUGCACGGCAUGCACGACCUCUGCGCCCGGUACGGCUUCAAGGUUCUCGCACACGGCACCCUGUGCGGCGGGCUUCUCACCGACCGGUGGCUGGGCAAGCCCGAGCCCGAGCUCUACGCAGGAGAGCUCAACCCGUCCCAGCGCAAGUACCUCGACGUCAUCCUCAAGGCCUGGGGCACCUGGGAGCUCUUCCAGCGCCUGCUCCAGCUCCUCCGCGAGAUCGCGAACCGCCACGGGCCCGGCGUGAGCAUCGCCAGCGUCGCGAUGCGCUGGGUGCUCGAGCACCCGUUCGUCGGCGCGAUCAUCGUCGGCGCGCGGAUGGGGCUGAGCGACCACACGGACGACAACGGGCGCGUGUUCACCUUCGCGCUGACCGACGCCGACAAGGCGGACAUCGAGGCCCUUCUCCGCCUGUCGAACAGCGGCCGCAUGAUCAUGACCAUUGGCGACUGCGGGGCCGAGUACAGGCCCUAG